CGGCAGACGCAAACUGGAGUGAGCUGGCGUUCAGCAUAAAUUGAGUCAACACCCUCUCCAAUUUGGACGGAACAAAGCUCCCACAUACGAACUUAACAACGAUGGGUUGGGAAGGACAAUUUGAGGCUAAUGGCACCGAAGGCAAAAACUUCUACAUCCCUAUGUCAAACAGGACAGGGAUUGUAAGAAGUCCCUUUGAAUACCAGCAGUAUUACUUGGCGGACCCUAUGUGGUUCAAACUUCUGGCUCUUUACAUGUUCUUCCUUAUCUGCACUGGAACCCCCAUCAAUGGACUGACAUUGUUGGUCACGGCUCAGAACAAGAAGCUCCGACAACCUCUCAAUUACAUCUUGGUCAAUUUGGCUGUGGCUGGUCUCAUCAUGUGCGCCUUCGGGUUCACCAUCACAAUCACAUCUGCUGUGAAUGGCUACUUCAUUCUGGGAGCAACAGCCUGUGCAGUUGAGGGAUUCAUGGCCACAUUAGGAGGUGAAGUUGCUCUUUGGUCUCUGGUGGUCUUGGCUGUGGAGAGAUACAUUGUUGUCUGCAAACCUAUGGGAAGCUUCAAGUUCACUGGGUCCCACGCCGCGGCUGGAGUUGCAUUCACUUGGAUCAUGGCUUUUGCAUGUGCUGCACCUCCUCUGGCUGGCUGGUCCAGGUACCUCCCAGAAGGCAUGCAGUGCUCCUGCGGACCUGACUACUACACACUGGCUCCAGGCUAUAACAAUGAAUCCUACGUCAUGUACAUGUUUGUUGUCCACUUCUUCAUUCCUGUCUUCCUCAUUUUCUUUACCUACGGCAGCCUGGUGCUUACAGUCAAAGCUGCUGCAGCCCAGCAGCAGGACUCGGCCUCCACCCAAAAAGCUGAGAAGGAAGUGACACGUAUGUGUGUGUUGAUGGUCUUUGGUUUCCUUGUGGCAUGGGUGCCUUAUGCCACCUUCGCUGGCUGGAUCUUCUUGAACAAGGGAGCUUAUUUCUCUGCCCUGACUGCUGCUAUUCCUGCCUUUUUUGCAAAGAGCUCUGCCCUCUACAACCCAGUCAUCUACGUGCUGAUGAACAAACAGUUCCGUAACUGCAUGCUGAGCACUAUUGGAAUGGGCGGCAUGGUAGAGGAUGAGACCUCAGUUUCUACCAGCAAGACAGAAGUCUCUUCUGUGUCUUAGAUAUGAUGACACCUCAAAAGCUAUGGACAUUUUCCUUAUUGAUUGCAUUCAGAUUUUGAAAAAAAAAUCCUAUGAAAAUACCAUCUUGGACUUUUGCCAAAUGAAAUUAUGGAAAAUGAAUGGACUUUGGAUUUAACAGACAAAUGAAUAUCUCACCUGUCAAUAUGUAUAUAAAACCAAGAUACUGUACCAGAAUGCUGCAGAGGUUAUGCACCGUGUUGUCUAUCUGUGUUUGUAUCAGUGUGAAUGAACUAUAACUCCCUGUUCAGAGCUUGAUUACACACAGGUUUGAACCUGCUGCAUCAUUUUAACACUCGUGAUAAUCACUUGUGGGGCUAUUUUCAUGUAAUUAUGUAAUGUUUCGCUGGGCAACCAGUGUGAAUGUUUUUAUGUAUUUAACACAAAAAACAAACAAAAAAACAUAGAAUUGAGUAAAUAAAUGCAUGCAUGAAAAGA